GUAACGUCUGUUUAGUUUUUUUUGCUCGUCGUGGAUUUAGAAGAUGAUCUUUUCGUUAAAAAAACAAACAAGUAAAUCAAAUAGCCUAUAAAGUAUUUGCUCUGUAUAAAGAAGUGCCCGAUGGUGGUCGUAAGCAUCAGGAGCGCGCACCGGCGCCGGUGUGUGCUGCUGUUCCUGAGUAUCACCGGGAUCAUCAUUUACCGGCAUUUCAGUGGACAACCAGAGAAGAUGAAGAUCAGCAGGAAACAGGGAUUAACGGUCAACUCUUCCCAGUUCACGCUGGGAGGCGAGCCGUUCCGUGUCCUCGGGGGUUCCCUUCACUAUUUCCGCGUCCCUCGGGCCUACUGGAAGGACCGCAUGAUGAAGAUGAAGGCUUGCGGGCUCAACACUCUAACCACAUACGUGCCGUGGAACCUGCACGAGCCCGAACGAGGGAGUUUCCAGUUCAACGCAGGUCUGGAUUUGGAGACGUUUCUCCUCCAGGCGGCUGACGUUGGUCUCUGGGUUAUCCUUCACCCGGGUCCGUACAUCUCCUCAGAGCUGGACCUCGGGGGAUUGCCCAGCUGGCUGUUAAGAGACAGGAAAAUGAAGCUGAGGACGACGUACGCUGGCUUCACGCAUGCCGUCGAUGCUUUUUUGGACAGGCUCGUUCCCAAAAUGGUGCCUUUGCAGUUUAGGAAAGGCGGACCUAUCAUCGCCGUGCAAGUGGAGCACGAAUACGGGUCGUACGCAGCGGACAGGAAAUAUAUGGCGUUUCUGAAAGAGGCUCUCGAGUCGAGAGGUAUCAGUGAGCUUCUCCUCACAUCAGACAGCCAUGAAGGCUUAAAGAGUGGAGGAGUGAGCGGAGUCGUCAGGACUCUGAAUCUGCGGAGACUAAAUUACGAAGACAUCAAUUAUCUGGAUUCUGUGCAGCCGAACAGCCCUGUUUUAAUUAUGGAGUACUUGACCGGAUGCUUCGAUGGCUGGGGAGAUCUGCAUCACAUCUUUCCUGUAGAAGACAUGUUUGCAGUGAUUAGAGAGGUUUUGCGACGCGGCAUGUCCAUCAACCUGCACAUGUUCCACGGAGGAACAAACUUUGGCUUCAUGACCGGCGCUGUGGCAAGCCCCUCUUACAAGGCUCUAAUCACGAGCUAUGAUUAUGACGCGCCUUUGUCCGAGGCCGGUGAAUAUACACCGAAGUACCAUCUGCUGAGAGAACUCCUCGUUCGAUACAAUAGUGAACCUCUGCCGGAGAUACCGGCUGUGCGCUGGAAGGAAAACUACGAGGCAGCGAUCAUGUACAGACACUUGUCUUUAUGGGACGCUCUGCCUUUCACAAAUGAGCCUUUUAAAUCCAGGAGUCCUGUUAACAUGGAGAAUCUCCCCGUAAACAAAGGGAACGGACAAGCGUAUGGAUACACGCUGUACGAGACCUCCAUCACCACCGGAGGCUUCUUAAAAUCGGGAAACAACAUCCGAGACAGAGCACUGGUGUUUGUGAACAGAGGCUACAUCGGCACUUUCGACUACAAGAAUACAGAGUUAGCGGUUUCUGAUGGGAAGGAGGCGCGAACUUUGAGUUUUCUGGUGGAAAACUGCGGAAGAGUGCAUUUUGGCCGUACCAUGGACAAUCAGCGCAAAGGGAUUGUCGGAGACAUUUUACUGAACAACGUGCCUCUUCGAGACUUCACAAUUUACAGCCUGGAUAUGACACGCGGCUUUAUUGACAGUUUAUACAGCGCUCCGUGGAAGUCUCUCCCUCAGAAGCCGAGCUUUCCGGCGUUUCUGCAGGGAAGACUGUUCGUGGACGGAUAUCCGAGUGACACGUUCGUUAAGCUGCCUAGCUGGAGCAAAGGCGUGAUCUUCAUCAACAGUCAGAACGUCGGACGUUAUUGGCACGUCGGCCCCCAGCAGGCGCUCUACAUCCCAGGGCCUUUCCUCAACAGCGGAAUCAACCACGUCACUGCAUUUGAGGAAGAGGAAUCUGAUCUUAAACUCCAGUUUGAAACCACUCCUGAUCUGGGAAUGACCGUGGACAUAUAGUGACGGAAACGAUGGACUCAUCCAGAUCCGGCGAAAGAUGAAACGUAGACAAUGUUCCUGUGCUUAAUUUAUUUCACCAAACCUACGUGGUAAUUGUUUCUAAGUCCAUCUCACCCAAAAAAAUAUCUGCUCAAAGCUGAGCUUAUCAUCCCAGUAACAUCCAGCUUCAAACUGAGGAUGUGGAAACACCAAAUUGUGCUGAAGGGGGAACAAAAAGAUUAGUGCAAAACAUUCAUCAGAGCUUUAGUGCAAAACUAAAGAAGCACACAUUGCACUAACAUUAAAAUAUUCUGACUGAUAUUUCAU